AUGCUCGGCGACGCGGAAGUCAUUGGGGCGGCGGAGGCCGUGGUGGACGCGUACCUCGUGGGCCUCCUCUACCCACCUGCCGCGCCCGCCGCAGCGGCCUCAUCACAAACUCCUCACCGCCGCCGUCCCACUUCUGGGGAACGCAAGCAGCAGCUGCCGCAACCGCACGAAGCACAACGUGCAUCGGCAGAGGGGCACCUGAGCGUGUUGCGGCGCAGCGCCCAGGCCCUGUAUGUUCUCGCAUGCGUGGUGGAUAUGGUGUAUCAGGGACUGACGUGCACAGAGCGGGACGUGUACUACCGCAACACGCUGCUAUUCCCGAAUGGGCAGAGAGACGUGCAUACCAGCAUUGAGCACCUCUGUCGUUGGAUGGAUUCUGCGCGUCCGUUGCCCGCGCAUCCUGCGGCGACUGGUGCCGACUACCCUGUGGGUGCGGGGCAGCGAGGCUACACACGUGAAGGGCUUCACAUUUACGCGAGCGGGAAGAGUCUUCUCAUGGGAUACAUCUCCUUUGACGUCCCCACCGCCGCGGCAUUUCCGGCCUCUGCGGCCCACGCGAUGCAUCUGGCGGAGCGGACUGUCCCGCAAGCGCAGGGGGAUUCCAAGCAGCCUGCCACGCCUUCAAUGGGGACGGUGGAGGUGAAUGGUAUGCGCCAUGCUUCUGGAAUCCUUCUCGACAUGGCCGUAGGGAUGCGGGGCUGUCACUUUCGUGGUGCCGGGGGACCCGGGAGCUCGCCGGCUGCCGUGAUCCUUCUGGAGAAGGAGAGCACCCUGCGAACGCUUGUGGAGGCUAACGGUGCGCUGGGCCUCGGCGCGCCCCUCAGCCGCUGCGUUUUUCUCUGCAGCAAGGGAUACCCCUGCCGGGCCUCCCGCGCACUGCUACGCAGGCUUCACCGUGAGCUGCCGAAGCUGCCCAUUUUUGUUCUCGUCGACGGCGACCCGCAUGGGAUGCGCAUCGCCCUGACCUUCAUGGGGCUCUUUGGCGAGGAUGCUGCUGCACGACGGCGGCGGCGGCCACUGCCGCCACGCCAACAAGCACCACCUGCCCCAGAGAAGAACUUUUUAUCCGCCUUGCUCCCUGCUCGUUGGAUUGGCGUGCGUCCCUCGGCUCUCCCCCACGAAGCCACCGGGAGGGCGCCGCUGACGCCCUCGGAUCGACGCGUGCUUUUGCACCUGAUGGCGCGGGUCGUGGAGGCCAUUUCACACCUUGGCGAUGACGUCGGCGGCGCGGGCCGCGGCGCGGAGGACGUGAGCCUCAUCCGCGGCUCACUAACGGACCUCCUGCGGGAGGCGGAGUGGAUGACAGAGAAAUCAUUGAAGUGCGCCCUCCAGGCCUGGCCAGAUGGUCCCAUGCGGCUACUCUCUGCCUCUCUUGCGCUGGGGCGGCUCGUGUAA